CUGGGCCUUUUUGAUGGGCAAGCACCCGGACGUUCAAGAGAAGAUGAGGACCGAAGUGAUGCAGGCUGCUCAGAAUGGGCCCCUGGCGUACGAGGACAUCACUGGUCUGGUCUACACGCAACAAGUCCUCAACGAGACCAUGCGCCUUCACCCAGCCGUUGUCGCUUUCACGACCAGACGAGCCCUUGAGGACUACGCGUACGGAGACCUGGUGAUUCGGAAGGGCACGUCCGUCCUAGCGUCCACCUACCAGAUCCACCACGACCCGACGCUGUGGCCCGAACCAGACAAGUUCGACCCCGAGAGGUUCAGCCCAGAGAACAAGGCAAGCAUUCCGGCCAACGCAUUUCUCCCUUUCGGUGUGGGACCCAAACACUGCCUGGGACAGAGACUGGCACAGCUUGAGCUCGCCUUCAUCACCGCUAUGCUACUCAGGCGAUUCCGUAUCACUCUGGGACCAAGCCAGAAGCCUGAUAUGGAGUACGUUACGUACGCAAUGCUUGCCGCACCUAAGAACGGAGUUUGGAUCAAACUCCAGAAGCUCGAAGCAUAG